CAGAUACGUGUCAGUAUGGAAGUGAAGUGCUACAGAUGGAACCAAUUCCAGGAACUACUCUGAGCGCCAGUGUGAAAUUCAAACCAGUAACUUCCCUCUGAAUGGCUGCUGCAGCCCGCCUUGCUGUGCUGUGGUAUAUAAAGCCAGUCCAUAUGCAACAUCUCAUUUUCGCUGAUAUGUCCCUUCUGUGAAAAGAUGGUUGCUGCAGCCAUACAGGUGCUGGCUCUGCUGCUUGCAUGUGCAGUGAGCACAGCGGAGACUGGGCAAUCGUUUGAGCUGAAAAUGUGGAGGAAGGAUGACCAGCCUGUACUGCAACAACUCUCUCUGGUGAAAGAGGAGAUAGAAAGUCUGAGAUACGAUCAAGCUAUGAUGAAACAGAAACAAGAGGACAUGAAUCAGGCUAUCAUGCAUUGUGCACAGAUGCAAGCAUCUAGAGAUGAGGAGGUAAAUGUGACUUCCCUGCAAAAAGGCAGCAGCCCUUUGCCAUACCCCUUUUUCCAUGAAGACAAAGACCCUGAGGAGGACAAUGAUGGAGUCCUUGACCCCUGCUAUCACUACACUGUGCUGGACCAGCCGUGGAGAGCCACCAACUUCAGCACCAAGAACGUUGCCUGUGACCGGAAGGUGCAGUGGAAGGGCUGGUAUCGCCUGUUUUACCGUGGGAAAACCAUCCAGAUGCCUGAGCGCUGUGUGAAGAAGGAGAUGUGUGGCACUCACUCCCCGCUGUGGCUGGUCGGCGGCCACCCACGCAUUUGUGACGGCAUUGUCACUCGCAAGGUCUGCGGCCACUGGAAUAGAAACUGCUGUGCCUUUAAAUCCCCUCCCAUCCAAGUGAAAGCCUGCAGGGGCAAUUUCUAUGUCUACAAGUUUGUCAAGCCACAAGCCUGUCAUUUGGCGUACUGUGCAGAUAUUAACACUCUUGUGUGCGGGAGGUGCAAGAAAGAUGAAAUAUGCAACAGCAGGGACAAGAUUAACUGGUUUUGUAAGAAAUCCAAAAGAAGAGUGCAAGUCCACUUCUUCGCCUCCUACCCCGGCAGCCUGCAAGGCAAAGUGAACCGAAUCCAGUACAGGAAAGUGUAUGUCAAUGUGGGAGGUGCCUUCAACAGCCGCACAGGCGUGUUCACCGCUCCGGUCAUGGGUGUCUAUCAGUUCUUCUUCUCCACUCAGAGUGGAACUAAUGGUGCUAAGACUGAUCUGUGGCUUGUCAUAAACGGCUACUGGGUUGCUGUAUCUCAUACUCGUGUCAGCAGCUCAAACUCAGUGGGUAAUCUGUCCACAUACAUGACCUCUCUGCGCAAAGGUGCUUUGGUAUAUGUAACCCACAACUGUGGCAACUCUUGGGCCACCUCUGCAUCCAAUACCAUUACAUUUGGGGGCUCCCUGCUUUUAGUACGAAAAUAAAGGAUCAAAAUUAGAUGAUAAUUACUGCUCAAUCCUACUUUUUCAGUUUGAAUGGUUUAUAGUGAUUACUGAAGCUAUUUCAAUUGCAUAUAAGUAUCUUUAUAUCACAUGCAAGUAUAAGUAUAGCCUUCAGUCUGAGGGCGCAAAUUCCACCAAAAUGAAUAUAAUUAAUUACCUACCAGCACAGAAAAAUUGAGACACUGAAUUUAGUGGGUUAAAAUGUGUACAUCAUUUUCACAUGAAUACAAUAGAUUGCAUCAAUAUUUGGCAAGGUUUGUGUAUAUGUAAUGUAUUUUAUUUCUGUGGAAAAGAGCCUAUAUAGCCUAUACACAUUUAUCAUUCACUUAUUCAGAGUGAUAUGAUGUAAAAUGCACUGUUUUAGAGAAACGUACAGAGUCAAUUGUUUACAGUGGUGGUGAUAGGAACCAGACAUCCAAAAAGUCCCCUCACAUAAAGCUAUUACUUGAAAUGGUUACGAAUAAGCUGCCUGAUUUAUUGUUUUACAAAAACUUACAGAUAAACUUUUGGCCCACAACAUAUUUUUUAGCCCCAGUCCCUAAAGAGAAUUUUCAGAUUUUUUUUCUUCAGAUUUAUCACUAUUUUAACAAUAUCAUUGCAUAUAAAACUCAGUCAGAACUAGUCAUUUUGGAUAGCAAAUCAAACGGCCAUAGUGGACAAUAUAUGACUCUAUCACCACCACUGUAAAGACAUCUAAGUUAGUAAGUUUCUCUACCACACAGCAUUUCACCUCAAACCACUGUCAAAGACUUUGUUUACAUCACAACUGAAUUAUGCAGAGUUUUUAAAAAAUCAUUGGAAUUGCCCUUUAAUGUAUGGACAGUGUUAGCAUGCUUAUUUUGUGUUUUAUUUUAGCUGUUGUUGAUUGGUUGCAUUUUACACAUUAUUGCAGGCUGGAAAUAUGUUGAGUUGAAACUUUAGGUUACUCUUUUUGUAAAACUAAAUGUACCUGAUAUUGUUGAGAACAUGUAGUUGACAUUCUUGGCAGAACACAUACGAAUCAGUAAGUUGUAAUGACAUGAUAUCACCGCAGGGGGGAGCAGUAAUGUUGUAUUUGUGUAAUAGCAAGCUGUACCUCAGCCACAGGUAACCUUAUCCCGGUUUUAUCUCUGUCCAAGCUACAUUAAA